AUGUCACCCUUUUGUGAUAGUGGUAACUUUAGGCACUUAUUUGUUUUUAAAUCGGAGCAUCAGAGAAGUAUCGCAACAGUCUCCGAGAAGAUUCGUCAGUGGGACUACGAGGUUUCAAUAGUGGACUCUUACAAAAAGGGGGAAUCGCACUGUUAUAAGUUUUUAAAGAACGAUUGGGGCUAUUUAGAUCACUAUAACGACCCAAAUCAGCCAGCAGGCGUUAUUGAGGGUGGACCACAAAACUACGAGGGCAAGGGUCUCGCUUUGAAAGGUGGCAAGGACAGAAUGAGAACUGAAUACCUGCCAUACUACUUGGACCAUGGAGUCAGAUUCAGGAAGAGGGUUUCACCAGGCUCAAUUUCGUACGAUAUUACUCCAAUAGCCAGUCAGGAUUUUGAGCACUGUGAAAGUGAUUUUGACUUUGAAAGGAAGCAAUGGGGAAGCUGGCAUCAGCCGCAGGUCGCCAAAACGUGCUAUUUGCGAGGAGCGUUCAGGUCCUUUGUGGAAAUUGACAACCCAACUGAGCUUCCAUAUCGGUGGAUAACGAGAUUUGAAGUCAUUGAGCCCCUCCCCUUGCACAGAAGACCUCCGACAACACUUAUUCCAUCGCCGCACCCUGACUUAAGAUUUGCAGCCCUUAACUGUCUUGGUGGAUUCCUGCAAGAUCACGCCGAUGCACUGACCAAUGAACAAGCCCUGAUUCGUCAGAAGAAGCUGCUUAAGGAAUGGAAUAGGCUGGAAAGAAGAUAUAGGAAAACACGUGACCAGAAGUUGCUGGAGGAGAUUAAAAACAUCAAGUUUGCUCUGUUCGGAAUUUCUGAGACUAGCGAUGAGGACAGUGAAAUGCUUAGACUGAUAAUCGACGUUGGACUGAUAAGAGCCAGGAGGAUCCUACAGGAGCAGGCGAAAAACUGGAGGACUGAUCCUGAGACCAUUGAGCAUUACAUCACCAGGUUUCGUAAUGGUCCUCUGGAUCCCACCAGCGACUACAUGGGACCUGAAAAGACUGUUGCGCUAAACCUCGUUAACUACAGGCCGAUGAGCAAAAAGUUCAGAAAGUUCACCACCAUUGAGGAAAUGGCUGAACUCUACCACACCCUCGUCACUGAGGAGCGCAGAGAGGGACGCUCACACACCAAGACUCACAUGGCCACCCACAACGAGUAUAAGCAGUAUGCACUGAGAAAGCACAGAAAGAAUUUCCCUGCCCUUGAGGCAGAAUAUAAACCCAUUUGGGCCAAUAGAAGUUAUGGCUCAGAGUUUGGCGAUGCCAUUCGAAAAUCCCAGAAAAUACCCGAACAUGAUCUUGGUGAAUUUGGAAAACCUCUCAAGAGGAAAAGGCGCCAACUUACUCGAGAUGAGCGUAAGAGAAACUUUAGAGACGACUAUGGCUCUUUUAACAGUGAAUAUAACUACUAA